AUAAAAGGCUUCUUCUUCCAACGUUCAACAUCCACAGUUCUUCUUCUGAGACCUCUUCCCCUCUCUCUCUCUCUCCCUCAGCUCAGCGGAAUCAGUGAACAAAGAAGUUGCAUUUCACAGAUUCUCUGCAACUGCGAUGGCUGCCAAGCCCUCCGAGGAGUUGCAGGCAAAUCCAUUUGUUGAGGGAACUGUGGAUGGAAGCUGUAACCUACCUGUCAGCUAUUCAGGUUUCCAAAUACUGAAGUCAAGUUUUGAUUUAGGUGUUUUGCCCCUUCUUGUUGAAGAGGCUUCAUGUGCAGGAAGAUUAAAACAUCCCUCGGAUGGCUCACAUGUCCAAGAUGUCUUUAGCAUUUCAGUCUUGCCCCAAGAGAGCAAUGAUCUACAUUGUGCUUCUCAUUUGGCUUUCUUGAGAUUUCUAGAAGUUACUAAUCCAGCCAACGAUCAGGUUUACAAGGAAGAAAAGUUGAACUCCCAGAACAGCACUGAUUUAAAAAUGAACAGUACACAGACCUAUUCCUCUUGUGUUGUUGACAUAGAUGUUGAAAAGAUGUCCUUGAAAGUACCUGAAUCUGAUGAGAAAGCUGUUGAAAGUUUGAAAAGUGUGAGUGUUUUCCUUUACUUGCAGAGGGUUUGGUGGAGACAAGCAAGUGUAACGAUUGGUGCAAAACUAAUCCAACUUCUUAUGAAUUACGGAAAUUCACGAGAUAAAACAGGGGUUGAGAGGGUUCAUGAAACACCAAAUAACCAAUGGAGAAGAUACAAACGAGCUGCCUCGUUCGACUCAAGAAAAGUGGUUCUGCUUUUCUCAAUCUUGUCAAUUUUUGGUACAUUAAUUUUGAUAUUUCUCACGCUCAAAGUCAGGCAGAGCGCGGAUAGCAUUGUUCAUGUCUGACAAUCGUGUCUCUCCAGGCGACUUGUUUCACGCAUCAACUUUGUUUUUUUGUUUUUUGUCCUUCCUUUUUCUUUCUGAGUUGUCUCCUGAUAACUAGAGUUAAAAAGGACCUCUUCAGAUUGUAUAUAUUGGUAUAGUGUCAGAUUGUCUAGGUUUAAUGUAUUUUAUUUGUCUUCAUAUGCAUGCUUUCUUGAGCUCUCUAUCAGAAAUUAAUGUUGAACGGACGAACGAAGCCUUCUUUAUGAUGUAAAUAUUCUUAAUUCUUUGCUACGCUUUCUAUGUAAAUUGGUGCUUUUGUUCACAUGUUUAGCAGAUCGUUCUGAGCAGUUUAGAACAA